CAUUAAAAAAAAAAAGGAAAGAAAUUCACGAUAAGGGCACCUUCUUUUAUUGUGAGGCUGUGUAAUUAAUUAUUAAAGCCCAUCUUUCUUUUAUAUUAUUAUAUAUUUUUGUGCAUAUAUAUUAUCAUUUUCAUUAGGUGAGUUUUUGCAGAGAUUGAGUCUGACAAGAGCCAUCAAUCUUCCUCUGAUCCCAAAGGCCUAAAAGAGAUUUAAACUCAUCCGAUUAUAGACAGUUAUAUAUAUAUAUAUAUAUAUGUAUGUAUAUAUUUAGAUUGACUGACAUCAUGUGCUCCAUCAGUGUGUUCAGCUGACCCUGCUUCUUUUGGGUAAUUCAAAUAUUUUUAAUUGAUCCACACACUUCUAGCUUACUCUUCUGCUGAUCGAUCUCCUCUGGAUCUUCAGAGGUAUAUAUUAGUUGAAGUACUGCUGAUCAGCAAAAUGUUGAAAAAAAAAUAAAAUAUUAAGCAGUCAAAAAUAUUGGGGGUCUUGAUUGAUCGAAGACUUUUGUACUUGAGAGGGAAAAAAAACAGAGAGAGAGAGAGAGAAUUUGCAGAACCAAAGGAAAAAAUGGUGUUCUCCGUACAAUAAUACAGAGACUGAAAUUAGAUAAAGCUGUUUUUAUCUGAGGGACUUUAUUGUUUCAGAGAGGAAGAGAUCAUCAUCAUCAAUCAUGGCGACGUACUUUCAUCAUGGGAGUUCAGAAAUCCAAACCCCUGAUGGCCUGACGCACACACUUUAUCUCAUGAACCCAAAUAACUACGUACCCACCUACUCUGACACCCAACAAGAACAACAAUCACCACCUGCUGCAGUCGCCAGCAUGUUCCUCCUCAACCCCGCCGCCGCCGUCUCCGCCCCGACCCACCCGGGCCGACACUUGGCGGGCAUCCCCGUCCUCUCGAGUGGCCCCGGAUCCAACAAUUUGCCCGACCAUCACGGCGAAAUUCCACCCUUCCAUGGCAUCUCUGGCGUCGCCGCUGCUCCUCCUCCUCGGCUUCACUACAAUUUAUGGGCGCCGACAGAUCAAGUGGCGGUCGAUGUCGUUUCCCCGAUGGGGUUUAGGAGACAGGCGGUGUCGCCGACACAGCAGGCUCUGUCGUUGAGCCUUUCAUCAUCUCAGCAGACGAGCACGGCUUACGCAACCUCGCUUUCGGGAGAGAACGAGGUUGUUCCGGGCAUAUCACCGACGAGUUGCGACGAUAUUCGAGCUUUUCCGGGGAAUUCGAUGUCGUCGGCGGUAUCAAAUGGAAUUGGAAAUAGUGCUCAAAGUGUGCUCCUGGGCUCUAAAUACUUGAAAGCUGCGCAUGAGCUUCUUGAUGAAGUCGUUAAUGUUGGGUCGACUAAGGGAGUGAAGACGGCCACCACCGACUCGGCCGACGGCGGUAGAGAGAAAACGGCUAAGAUCGAUAGAGAAUCGACUCCGGCGGCCGCAAUCGGAGGUAGUUAUAAUAGUGGCGGUGAAAGUAGUUGUUCUAAGCAAGGGGCUGAGCUUUCCACGGCGCAAAGACAAGAGCUUCAGGUGAAAAAGGCAAAGCUUGCUAGAAUGCUUGACGAGGUAGAGCAAAGGUACAGGCAGUACCACCACCAAAUGCAAGUAGUGAUAUCUACGUUCGAGGAAGCGGCAGGGUUUGGCUCAGCCAAAUCAUACACUGCCCUUGGCCUAAAGACCAUAUCCAAGCAAUUCCGGUGCCUAAAAGACGCGAUCUCUUCGCAAAUCAAAGCCGCGAGCAAAAGCUUGGGAGAAGAAGAGUGCUUGGGAGUGAAGAUUGAGGGUUCGAGAUUGAGGUACGUCGACCACCACCUUCGGCAGCAAAGGGCUUUGCAGCAGCUCGGAAUGAUUCAGCACAACGCUUGGAGGCCCCAGAGAGGCUUGCCGGAACGCGCUGUUUCGGUUCUUCGUGCAUGGCUCUUUGAGCACUUCCUUCACCCUUACCCGAAGACUGCAGACAAAGUCAUACUUGCUAAACAAACUGGGCUUACUCGAAGCCAAGUCUCGAACUGGUUCAUAAAUGCCCGAGUUCGCCUGUGGAAGCCAAUGGUUGAAGAAAUGUACAUGGAAGAGACCAAAGAACAAGAGCGAAAUAACGGUUCUACUUCUCAAUCAGGCCAAACAAAGAAAACAGAACCCAACGAGGAACCAUCAUCAGCUAAUAUAACAUCAACAUCUCAAGUUCAUGACAUGAUGAAUGCCUUCCAAUCAUCAAAACCCGAUCAAAACUUUGCGACAGAAUUCCCGAAUUCUCCACUGUCGACGUCUCCGAUGCCCGGAUCCUUCCAUUUCGGAACGACGGAGAUUCAAGCAAUUAGUCCAAAGAAACAAAGGAGUACCACUACUCCUACUACUUCGGAAGUACUCAACUCUCCGAGUAGCAUUCUCUCAAUGGACAAUAUGGACAUGUGUAGAGAUCAGAUGAAUCAUCAAAGGCAACGUAAGUAUAACACGGUCGGAUUCGGUGCAUACCCGGUUGGCGAUUUAGGAAGGUUUCACUUAUCGGCGGAUCAUCAUCAUCAUCAGUUAGCUCCGAGGUUCCAUGGAAAUGGUGUUUCUCUCACUCUCGGUCUUCCACACUGCGAAAACCACUCUCUCUCUAACCAGAAUAUUAUCGAUCCAUCGGGAACGAGACUCGACAACAGUAUUGGAACAGGGUCAGAAAGUACUGGUAAUUACGACAACAUGGACAUGCAAAGCAGAAAGAGGUUUGUUGCUCAAUUGUUGCCAGAUUUUGUGGCCUGAAGAAAGAGAUAGAGAAUAUAUAUAUAUAUAUGAAGAUCAUCAUCAGUCUCUUUGCUAUAUAGCUAUAUAGUUCAAACUCCAAUUCUAACUGAAAAAGUUUUUUGAAAAGAUUAGGAUAAGGCAAGGGAGAAAGGAAAAGGAGAUGAGUCUGGUCAUCUUUUUGAAGUUUUUCGUGCGUUAAGUCAUUUCAAAGUUUGCUUUCCGUUAUCGUCAUAUAUGGUCCCUCCUUAUAUAACGGAAGCAAUAUUUAAUAUGUGGAAGUGACAAAGAAACUUUAGAUAUAGGAUCAUGAUACUUGCAGAUAACGAAUUAUAGUACUGUUUAUCUUU